GAGGGUAUGGUGAAAACGAUUACGAGCUGAGUACCGAACGAGAAAGGUUGUGCUUAGCCUGCGAUAUUCUUAAAAAAAUGUGCUUUAAAUAGAAUUCCUAUUGUGGAAGUGCGUGAAAGUUUUCCUUUCCUCUAUUAAUUUCUUCUGCAAAAUUCUAUCCAUUGAUGAAAUGGGAAUAGAAUUUGGAAUGUAAUCAAAAAGCUGUGAGGAAAAUUGAAUUUGUUUUGACGGCUACAUUUGGAUCAAUAACGGGACGAUUUUCGGGGACCCACUUGUUUAUCGAAUGCAUUUAAAUCGCUAAUCGUUUUUUUGUGAUGAAUAACAAAUUAGCAAAAUGAUCGUUUGCUGGAGAUUUUCAUUAGAAACAUUUCUUUUUCAUUUCAAUACAAGCCAAAGUGUUCAAACUUAGGUUUUAUUAUGGCAAACAGCAGUGAAAUGUCCAGCAGACCUUUAUCCGGAUUUAAAUGGUUGGUCAAAAGAUCGGAAAGAAAUGGGCAUACCUCCGAAAAACUAGCUGCGGAUAUCUUACCAAAAUCAAAUGCAACUUUGCCAGGAUUUCGGAACAAUUUUAUUUCCACCGAAAAACGGUGCGUUAUCGUCCGGAACGACAUCAGGACUGUACCCUUUGAGUCCGGAGAAUCUUCAUCCUCAUCUUCCGCAUCUUCAUCUUAUUCCAGGCAAAGUUCUGCGGACUCCUAUUCUUCGGCAAAUUCCACUGAUGGGAUGACGUGCUCGGAUAUAUUGGGACUUUUUUCUAUAUCUGGUAGGUCGUCCACGCCGAUCGGGCCGUCGGGACCUAAAUUUAAAUUAAUACACGAAGGCGAUAUACAAGUGUGCCGGAUAAACCAUGUUCGAACUGUGAUAAACAAGAUUCUAAGUUCCAAGUUCUUAAGAAGAUGGGAGAAUCAUCAUCUAUAUUUAACUCAUACUCAAAUUAAUUCGAAGACGGCUACAGGAUUUAUGGAGGAGUCCGUCCAGUAUGGUUUAAUUGAAGAUGUGUAUAUAUUUGUAUCAUGUGAAGCAACUCAAAAGUAUUGCGUGUGUAUAGACCUUCCUGAAGGAUCUUUACUACUUCAGGUUAAUAAUGUUUAUAUGCGUGACCAAUGGCUACAUUCUAUCUCAUGGAAGAGAAAUAUGCUGAAGUAUCGAAGGUUGCUGUCUAACACACGGCGGCCAGAUAUCUUCAUUAAAGAGCUUAAAGGCUUGGUAGAGAUGACUCUUACCACUCCACUUCAAGAUGAUUGUAUUUAUAACUCACCUCUCGAACUUAUAUCUGAAUUAAUUCAAGAAAACUCAUCAUGGCUUCCUAAAUCUCUAAAUGAGGAAAUAAUCUCUGUGAUAAGCCCACUUUUGGAAUUGACUCAACCAACCCCAGAAAUCUGUGACUUUCUGACUAAGUAUUGUAGAGAAAAUCCUAGAUCUCGUAUUGUGUUAGAAAUGUUUACUCCUAUUAUACAAAGGAUAAUGAAGCAUAAUAUGGAUUUUGGAAAGUACCCCAAAAGUAGACUUUUUGUGCAAGAAUAUAUACAAGCCUUAAGUUAUCAAAAUGAUGGGAAAAAAGUCCUGGAAAAAUACAUUAGCAGUAUCCAUGGUAUAUCUAGUUCAUGUCCUCAUCCACGAGUGCUUCCUAACUUAGUAUCUGUGUGUCUUGCUGCCAUCUAUGCUUUGUAUGAAGAAAAGCGGAACUGGACUGCAGAAGAUAGGAAUGAUAUCUCGGUGCUAAAUAGCGAUUGGGAAACGCGGCUAAAUUGCUUUGUAUACAUUCUUGAGAUCAUUUCCUCAUAUGAAGAUUGGAUGCCUGGAUUGUCGCAACUCCUUCAGCCCAUUCCAUUUCCUGAUGACGCCAUUGCAGAUUCCUUUUUCACUAAGAGCUUGAAACUGAUUAUCGAGCGUAUCGCCACUGAUGAACGGUGUGAUGUUCAUCUUACAGUGCUUGGCAUGCGAGAUGAAAAGGAUGGUUGGUUGCAUUUGUACUGUCCUGGUGGAAUGGCGUGUGAUGACGAAGGGGAACUAUGGAGUAAAAUGUUGAAAAGUCUGUUAGAUUGUUGUUGUCGGCGUAAAAAAUUUCUGGAGGGUUUAGCUAAAAGCAUCAGUCCGUGCAUGCUGCGAGCGCUGAGAGAUGACCACACUCUGCAAUCUGCAUUGUGUUCUAUGCUGGAAUUGGAAGUGCUUGACAACAACGAUCUACAAAUGCAGAUCAUCAUGACACUUCAAAGUACACCUGCAGGAAAACAAAAUUACGCGGCUCUUUGCCAAAGACAACAGCAUUUGCGUGAACUGCAACAAAAAGGUGGACCAAGAAAGUUGACUUUGCCAACGAGAUCUACGGAUGCUGAUGUGGCCAAAUUGUUGAGCUGCGGAUCGUUUGGUAACCUAGAGUGCUUGUCUCUUGCCUUCACCCAAGUGACUAGUGCCUGCGCUGAGCAGCUGAUCAAAUUGCCCUCACUGCGAUAUCUCAACUUGUGGUCCACUCAGUUUGGAGACGUUGGCCUUCGCCUUAUCUCUGAACAUUUGCCCAAACUGCAAGUUCUGAAUCUUUGUGAGACCCCAGUCACCGAUAAAGGACUUCAAAGUCUUACCAAUAUGAAAAGUCUAAGGAAACUUAACUUAAACAGCACAAGUCUAUCAGCCCAAAUGUUUGAAAAGCUAAAGCAAAAGCUUCCAGCCUUACAAGAAUGUGAUAUUCGUUACACAGAUGCAUGGUGAACUUUUCAACUUCCUAUACUUUCAAGACCGAAGAGCUAUUUCAAUGGAAAAUAAACAGCUAUUUCUGAAACUUUCUAAAACUGUUUAUUGAAUCUUGAAUUAAAAGCAACAACUCAUUUUAAUAUAAAAUCUUCUUUAAUAUGGAAAACUUUUUCUUACAUCACUGUGGUGUAUAUAUUUUUUGCCAAAAAUAUUUAAAUUAACUGUUCUCUUUCAUACACUUACUACUAGCCCAACGCAUUAGUAACAACAACUACUUACUGAUCAUUUUUAAUUCUUAGUUUAAAUUUCAAAUUACUUUAAAGCUAAAUAAAAGAUUAUGCUCAAAUGAUCUUUGAAAGAUUAACAAAACUGAACAAUGCUUGAACUUUGACCAUGAUGGACUUCUUUUUAUCUGUGUUCCUCACUAGUGAUUUGAUGCAAAUUAAAGCGUUUUUUCCCCUCGCUUAAAUAUUAAUUUAGAAUAAAAUAUUAAGCUUCAAUAAAUAAAUUAAUAAUUUGUAUAACUGCUUAAAUAUUUUUUAAAACUUCAGCUGAAGAAUGAUUGUGAUAUUUUUUUUUAUGUUUCAAAUUAAUACAGGGUGUUUUGUAAUCACUGCCCUUAUGUUAUUUUAGGAUCCUUCUAAAAAAGAAUUUAAAACAAAUAUACACUUAGGAGUCAAAAAUUCAUUGCAACGCGUAGGGAGAAAAAAUCAUACUAUGUAAAACGUUAAGGACCAAACUAACUUCGACUAAUCACAUAGUAGGUUCUGCUCACGUGACUUAUUUUAGUUAUGAUAAUCAUGAAGCUAUUUUACCGAAGAUCGUUUCCCCUGCCCGCUGCUAGGUAUAUAUUUGCCCAGGGUUAAAUUUUUUUAGGUUAAAUGCCACUGCCUGGUAUAUAAUUGCCCGGUAUACCACUACUGUACCGUGCUCAUACCCGAAUUAGAAGUGUCAUUGUUACCAAAAAAUCCGCAGAAUAGUGGUGGAGAUAUUUUACCGAAGAUCAGGUCACUGUCUUAUUAUACACAGUAAUUUGCGUAGUUAAUAUAAUAAUUUAGAAGUAUAUUUUAGUUUUAAUAAUGCUUGAAAAUUAACGUUGAAAAUAGGUAUCUUAUCAACAGAAAUUGACCAGAAUUAGUUGUUCUUUCCCCUUAACGAUCGGUUAAUUUUCAAGAAAACGGUCAUAAAAGUGCCUAUUUUUCUUGACAUCCAAACAUCUAAUUUAAUAUAAACUAUCUACUUAAAAAUAUCCUGAUACUGCCAUCUGGUGUGUAAAAUGAAAAUUAAAAUGUUUUCCGGGUGAAAGAAAUAGAUUAGUUUUAUUCUUAUUGGCCCGUUAGUACUGAACACUCCAUCCCGGAAAUAUGACGGGAGCGAGAAAUAGAGGGCGAAACCUAACCCCGUCAUUUUCACGGAAGCGACAAGGAAGGGGGUUAAAGCCAUUUUUUUUAAAACUUUGGAAUAUAAUUUCCGAAUAGCAUUGAUAAAUAUUCAAAAAUCGUAUUAUCUGAAAAGUGAAUGAAAUGUAGAAAUCAAAAGUUUCUCGGGAUAGUUUCAUAUUUUUAGAACUUCAAAUUGAAAAAAAGAGCUAGCAUACUUUUAAGUUGAGAAUAAGAUACACAAAUAUGCAAAAGAACGAAGCAAACUCAAAAUGGAGGACUUUCGAUAGCAGUUACGGAAAUGGAGAAGAAAUUGUUGGUCCAUAUUAAUAUCCAAAUCUAGUAAAUCAUUACUAAGGAAGUCUGAAUUAAAGUCGGCCUGAGUGAUCCAUAAAACUUGGUGGUUUUUAUUUGAUGUUUCCACUGGCAGUCAAAUAGAUUUCGAUGUUUUCAACCCCGACUUCUUCUCUAAUAAUUUGAUGUACACCAGUGGCAUAUUUUCCCCCUCUUAAAAUUUGCAACUCCUAAUGUUUGUUGACUUUUUGACUUCAUAUUUAAUGAGGGCAGUAAGUAGAGAACACCUUGUAUAGUUUUUUUUUUACAGUCUGCAUUCUUGAACAAGGGGUGAAAUAAUGAACCCUUUCAUGGAUUUCUAAAAAUUGCAAAUAUAUUUUUAAUUAGUUUUAGCGUCGACUUUUAUAAUGAGAUUUUAACUAAUGCUUUAUAAUAGUAGUGAUGAAAACUUUACUUUAAAAAAUUUCCUUGACAUUUCAAAUGAAAAUGAAACUAUUUUAUAAAUUGUUUUCGAACAAAACUUAAUUUAUUUACGAUUUCAGAAAAUAUUUUUGAAUUCUAUUUUUCAAAAAUUGAAAAAUUAUUAAUAUUUACUUAAGAUUAUAAAAGUAAAAAAAUUUUUUUUAAUGUAACUUUGUUUUCAUAGUUUACAUCAAAGAAAAAUGAAAGAAAAUUUUAUUUUGUCAUUUCUAUUCACAGAAAAUUUGUGAACGUGAUUUUAAUUAUAGAAUUUUUUUCUGUUGUUACUAAGAUAAGAGAUUUUAACAAAAUUUUCUCUAAUCAUUAUAAUAUUAAUAACCAAAUUUUUGGACGGUAAAUAUGUGCUUCUUCUAAACAAAUAGCACUUCAGUUCAUGGUUUUCAUUAGAUUUUAAUAUUUUAUUAAAUAACUUAAUUAUUUGUUAGAGAAACAUAUUUUGUUUGAUUACAAAUGAAAAAUGACAUGUAAAAAUAGAUUUCCAUUAAAAUUUUGUUAUGUAUUGUUACAACUUAAGAGUUAAAUAAAAGAGCACGUAAAUUUGUUAUAUGGAAAAACACUCGAACGUUAGUUACAUGUUUUUAUUUUAUUUGUAACUUCAAUUUGGAACAUUUUUGAUUAUAAAUAUUAAGUCGGAGAGUGGGAGAUAAGUUAAUUAUUAAAUUAAUUUAUAUUUAUAACUCAAUUAAUUAAAUAAAUUAUAAGUGCUAUACUAUUUAAUGUUUUUGUACUCUGUUUUUAAUGGAAAAAAUUAACGAAAAAUGUUUAAUCAUAAAUGUUUUACCACUUGCAUAGCAUGUUUUCACUAUAUAGUUUGUUGACAAAGCAUUUUUCAUACAUAACACAUGGAUAUAAUUUUAAACUCCUAUAUAUAAUUUUAACCUAUAUUAUAACUCUUUCAUUUCCAUGUUGUUUUUUUUUAAAUUAUAGAAUCGUUUGAUUGUUGCACUUUUAAAAUUUUGCACUUUUUACAAUUUUUAGUUUCCGCGCCGUUACAUUAAAGCAUUUAGUGUUUAGGAGUUUAGUAGUGAUAAAGAAUGUAGUCUGGUUUGUGGCUAAUUGUACAAUUUAUUGUAAUUUUUAAACAAAACUUGAUUCUAGUGUAGUAUUUGAUGUUUGUUAUCAUUUACUAUUUUGUUGAACAAUGAAUCUAUAAAAAUGUGAUAUUCGUUUUUUAAGAUGCUCAAUUCUGUAUUGAGCAUGCUAGUUUUAAAAAAAAUGCUGCUUCUUCAAUUAUUAUUAAUUUAUUUCCAAACUUGUUUCAAUUUUGUGAAGCAUUUCAUUUGGAUAAUCAUUUCACUGAAAAUAUUUGUAUUAAUUGUAAAUGUUACACAAGUUGAGUCGAAAAACUAAUUAUAAUUCUUAGUUUUAAAUUGCUUUCUUCUUCUUUUUUUUUAAAAUUCCAAUGUUUUCCACGUUUUCUUUGUUUUUUUAAAUAGCCUAUUGUCGAAAGAUUAAAUUUAUUUCAAAAAUAUAGUUCUAAGUACAUUUAGAGCUCAAUUAUAAUAUGCUUUUAUAAAGCAUAAGUACAAUUUUUUUUACAAUAUGCUUUCAUAUCUAUUUAUAAACAUCUAUCACAAAAAUGUAUCGAACACAGUAUUCACCGUAUUAGUGUAAUUAUUAAUUAUAUUAAAAUAAUUGAAGAAAUCACUAAUCGCAAAUUUUGCUGCAACUUUGCAUAGAAAAAAAAUACGUUGUAAAAUUGCACAUUGGUUUUAAAACAAAGCAAAUAUAACUAAACAGUUGUAUGUAACAAUAUCAAUGUACUUAAAAUUUAUUUUAGAAAAUGCUUAGCUUGUAUACAGCCUCGUCAUAAUUGUCUACUCGCUUUUUCUUUGUUCUGGAACUAGCUAAGUCAUAAAGAACAAGUCAUUGUAAUAUUGUUAUUUAUGAGUUGUAUACAUGUUUUUCCCAUUCCCAAUUAUAAAAAUUUGUCGAUAGAUUUUGUCGAAACAUGUGCAUCAUUUGAUUAAAUCUGUGUGUAAAAAAAAAUGUAGAAUUUGAAACUGAACUCUCUAUCUAUGGUGCUCAUUUUGUAUGGUUUUAACGUGUUGCUAAAUAUUUCAUCUACGUAGAUUAAAAGUUGUUAUACAUAA